UCGUUUGUCGCAGCUUUUGGCUGUAGUGUCUCGUAUUUAACCGAAAGUUUGGACAACACAUUUCGACUGCCUUCGAGCUGCUGCGUAACAAAAUCAAUGAAUUACUUUUGAGUAUGCGGUAUACGGUGUACUGGGAAUUCUUUAAACCUACCUGUUUGGCUUGUUUGUCCCAUUAAGGGGUAAGCGGAUCAUAAACUAUUUAUAAGUAAGUGUAAACUUUUACACUUCUACUUAGCUUUACAUACUCCCCAUUAGUCGGUUGCUGAGCAGACAUGUGCCACCUUCAGUGCCCUACAAUGUGUCAGCUCAUCGAAGUGAAGGGUUCCACAAAUUCGGUGUCGCAAGAACUUGGCACUUGCUCUAAUUGAUUUAUACAAACGACUUUUGGAGUCUCGCUCAUGAAUUACCCAACCGCUUCGCUGAUGAGCUUAUAAUCACGCCACUGGCAGCCAUAUAAAAGGGCUCUGCCGCCGACCUUUGCACUCGAGAAUUCAAAUUCAAGGGAAGCCACCAUGCAGCUACGCAGGAUCUUUCCGGCCAUGUACACGCUUUCCGAGGAUCUUCCGGCUCGCUCCAGGGACGCGACUCUGUACCUACUGCGCUGCAUCUUCCUGAUGGGCGUGCGUAAGCCUCCCGCAACAUAUUUCCUGGCCUACGUCGUGUGGUCUUUUGCUCUGAAUCUGAGCUCGACAUUCUAUCAGCCCAUCGGCUUCCUUACGGGCUACAUAAGCCAUCUGUCGGAGUUUUCGCCUGGCGAGUUCCUCACCUCGCUGCAGGUUGCUUUCAAUGCCUGGUCCUGCUCCACCAAGGUGCUGAUUGUGUGGGCCCUCGUCAAGCGGUUCGAUGAAGCCAACGCCAUUCUGGACGAAAUGGACAAGCGACUCACGCAGGCCAGCGAACGCCUGCAAGUCCACCGCGCGGUCUCUCUCAGCAACCGGAUCUUCUUUUUCUUCAUGACGGUGUACAUGGCGUAUGCCACGAACACCUUUCUCUCGGCGAUUUUAAUCGGAAGGCCGCCCUAUCAGAACUACUACCCGUACUUGGACUGGCGCUCCAGUCACUGGCACCUCGCCCUGCAGGCCGGCUUGGAGUACUUUGCCAUGGCUGGCGCCUGCUUCCAAGACGUCUGUGUGGACUGCUAUCCCGUGAACUUUGUACUCGUGUUGCGCGCCCACAUGUCCAUCUUUGCGGACCGACUGCGUCGCCUCGGCACUGAUCCGGUGGAGAGUCACGAGGAGCGCUACGAGAAGCUGGUGGAAUGCAUUCAAGACCAUAAGAUAAUACUGCGCUAUGUCGAUUGUCUUCGUCCAGUGAUCUCUGGAACCAUAUUUGUGCAAUUCUUGGUGGUCGGCUUGGUCCUUGGCUUCACCCUUAUAAACAUUGUUUUGUUCGCUAAUCUGGGAUCGGCCAUCGCUGCGUUAUCUUUUAUGGCUGCCGUGCUCCUGGAGACCACGCCCUUCUGUAUACUCUGCAACUAUCUGACUGAGGACUGCUACAAACUUGCGGACGCUUUGUUUCACUCCAACUGGAUCGACGAAGAGACUCGAUAUAAGAAGACCUUAAUGUACUUUCUGCAGAAACUUCAGCAGCCGAUAACAUUCAUGGCCAUGAACGUAUUUCCCAUAUCCGUGGGCACCAAUAUCAGUGUUACCAAGUUCUCAUUCUCAGUCUUUACUCUGGUUAAGCAAAUGAACAUUGCCGAGAAACUUGCCAAAUCAAAUGAUGAUGAGUAAUGAAAUGAGUUAAGGGUGUAGA